AUGAUUCCCGCCAACCUCGCCCCCGCCGCACGCUCAGCGUACCGUGACGUGCUCCGCGCUGCGCGCACGACCUUCCAGGGCGAUCCGACGCGUCACAUCGCCCUCGUCACUGCCCUCCGUGCCACCUUUGAGAGCCCGACCCUCACCGCCCCGACGAGCUCUGUUGCGCACUCGGCCCCGAAGCCGAAGCGCCGCUCCUUGCUGAGGAAGGAGAAGGCGGAGGGCGUUCCGGAGGUCGACCCCGCUUCGCCGGAGGAGCUCGCCAAGCGCAUUCAGGAGUGGAAGGACGUUGCCGAGUUCCUGAGGAAGAACGUCGUGCAAGGCCGUCUGGACGAGGCCAAGGGAACAUACAUCAAGCCCAGCACGACGCUUGAACCUCCUCCUCAUCCUCUGAACCCUCAGCCUUCCUCGCGACCAAAGACACCCCUCGGCCCCCCUGCCCUCCCCCGCGAGCACGAACGCCAUCUUCAUUUCCCCCGACCUCUCUCUCCCUCUUCUCUCCGCAACCCUCACCUCCACGCUCCUUAG